GACGCGCGGAGCCGCACGGACAGUAGCAAGCACGUUGUUAGUGGGCGCGGCUGGAGGGCCCGGGAGGGUGCCGGCGGUAGGGGCAGGGAGCGAACGUUCGCCUGAGCCCCUGGAGUUCCGGCACCCUGACCCACGCUCGAUCAGGUCACUCUGUCUUUGUAGAAGCUGAAAUCCAUCAAUCACUGUUCUUCAAAAUGCAAUGGAAUGUACCAAGGUCUGUAUUCCGACUGGCACAUAGGACAUGCGUGGAACCACAUAAAGCCAGUCUUUUUGGACACUGUCGAAACAUAAAGGGACCAUUACAUUUGUAUAAAGCUGAAUCCAGAGUAGUUUUGGUACAGGACCCUCAAAAACAAUGGCUGCAUUUAUCUGCUGUCCCGUGUGUUGCAAAGGAAAGGAAGCCAUUCAUUGCUCAUCCACCCCAGCCGGGGGUCCUUCGCCAUAAACAGUGGGAGCAAGAUAUUUUAUCCAAGAGGGUUUUGUCAUCCAGUGCCACAUCCCCUGGAACUCCUUCGGAAAAAAAGGAAGAACCUGAUCCUUUGCAAGACAAAUCUAUUAGUCUUUAUCAACGAUUUAAGAAAACAUUUAGACAAUAUGGAAAAGUUUUGAUUCCAGUGCAUCUAAUAACUUCUGGUGUUUGGUUUGGAACAUUUUAUUAUGCAGCCAUAAAAGGAGUGAAUGUCGUUCCUUUUCUAGAAUUUAUUGGGUUACCUGACAGCAUAGUAAACAUUCUGAAAAAUUCCCAGAGUGGAAAUGCACUAACGGCAUAUGCCUUGUUUAAGAUUGCAACACCUGCCCGAUAUACUGUGACUUUGGGUGGAACCUCGUUCACUGUGAAGUAUUUGCGUAGUCGGGGCUACAUGUCGACACCGCCUCCUGUCAAGGAAUAUCUGCAAGACAGGAUGGAAGAGACCAAGGAGCUUCUCACAGAGAAAAUGGAAGAAACAAAGGAUAGACUCACUGAAAAAUUACAGGAAACCAAAGGAAAAGUUUCUUUUAAGAAAAAAAUGGAAUAGGGUGCCUUAUAUGACAGGUGAUAGACAAUUUCUGCACUUUAACCCUUUGGAAACUAUGGACAAAGAUACAUACAUGCUCCUGAUUAGUUUUUUGUUUUUUGGUGUUUUUUUUUGAUUAGUUGCCUAAAUACGCCAGUUCUCUGAGGGUUAAAGACCUAAGAUACCUUUUUAAAGUUGAAUAUUACUAGAAAAAUUAGUGUUUUUUGAAAAGAAAAAUGGAACCGAGUAUAAGAAUUUAACACCAGUAGCAGCAUUAAGCAGUGGUUUGUGUCUUCGUAAGUCAGAGCUCUUUUUUCAGGGUCUUCAGAAUCAUACUUGCUUUGUGUUUUGUUGCAGCCCAUGGAGCAGUUGACUCCUUGAAUAACUGAUGUGGCCCUAGGCAGGGUGUUAAUACUGGGUUUUCAUCUUUAUGUUAUUCAUUGAGCUUUUAACUAUUCAUUUCUUAAUGUGGAGACCAAUAUUAUCAUCACAACUGCCAGUGAAUAAGAGGAUAUUUAGUGUUUCUGUAAAAACCGUAUAUAACAGUUAUCUCUACCAGUUAAAAUACACAUUUUAUAUGAAGGAAGUUAAAUAAAGAUUGAGUCGUAUGUCUGUAAAUAAGAUGUAUUGGUUAGUAAGUGAAAAAUGGACCCUUUAAAAAAUGAUUUUUACCCAAAGCUUGUCAAAAUCAGUUUUUUUUUUAAAAGCAAAUACAUGUAUCUAUGGUACUUUUUCACCUAAAACAUAAACCUCUACUUUGAAUCAUUUGUGUUCUCUCCAACUCUUUUUCAGAGGAAAUGUGAGAACAAUAUUAUACCUUAAGUUCACUGUUGAAAUCUAAUAUCCUUAAGCCAUGACUCAGGUUUGCGGUUCUCGAGCAGAUGCAGGUGUGGGAGGUUGGAAGGUGCUGUCAGGUUGUUCCAGAGCCGACUCACUCCUGCCAUGUGGCAGGCCUUUGUCUCCACAGGCCAACACUCUCAGUGUCUGUUUCAGAGUUAAUGUUGAUUUCAUUGUGCAGUAAAUUCUUAAAUUGUAGCUGUUUUUUUCCUUAUCCUGAAGUAUCUUUUCCCCUUAUAUUGAAAUAUGCCUGAGCAUUUUACUUGAAUUUUUUUAAUAGCAAAACUGUCAUUAAAUUAUCUGCUUGGAAUGAAA